CACCUUUUUCUCUGUGUUGGAUUCAGUGUGUUGUGGACAGAGAAGAAAAGAGAACUAUGUGGAAAGCGGCAGUGUUUGUCUUCCUGCUGCUGAACACAGACAAACAGGCAAAUGGCGCUGUGGAGAAGACGAGAGCGUCUGUGGAAGAAACAACCAGGCCAGAGAAUAAGGUGAAGACAGUAGAGGCUGAAGCCAGUCACACCAUUCAUCGAAAUGACAGGGCUUCUUCACCUUUUGUGGGUAACUUGCUGGUGGUACCCAUGGAUGGGAGUCACUGGGUGGGCAUUAAGGCAAUUGCCGAAGAAAUGGGUCGCCGUGGACACCGUGUCACAGUGGUGAUACCAGAGGUCAGCAUACGGAUGGGUCCGGGAAAACACUAUGACACGCUGACCUAUCCUGUUCCUUAUGACAAGGCUUAUAUUGAUUCUGUGAUGACCACACAUAAAGACAUAAUGCAAAAAUCUGCACAGUCUUUCAUGGAGAAGAUAAAGAAGCGAUUCUCACAAAUCCAGAGAAUCACAGGCUUCAUCCACACCACAGCAGAGAGUCUGCUGUUCAAUGACAGUCUCAUCUCAAAUCUGGCACAGCAGGGUUUUGAUGCCAUGCUGACAGACCCCAUGGUGCCCACAGGUUCAUUAAUUGCUCGGAAAUUAGGCAUCCCCACUAUUAAUCUGCUGAGAGGAAUUCCAUGUUCCUUGGAUAUGAAGGCUGCAGGCUGCCCCUCUCCACCCUCGUAUGUGCCUCGCUUUUUCACCGGAUACACAGAUAAGAUGAGCUUCAAGGGGAGAGUUGUCAACACUUUGGUAGCUUUCCUGGAGCCGUUGUUUUGCCGACUGUUGUACUGGCGCUUUGACCAAAUAGCCUAUCAGUUCCUGGGAGAGGAGGUGGGCGUGUCUGAAGUACUGUCAGACUCUGCUAUCUGGCUGAUGAGGAUUGACUUCACACUGGAGUUCCCACGUCCUCUCAUGCCUAAUUUAGUCCUAGUUGGUGGCAUCAACUGCAAUGUGAGAAAUCCUCUGCCUCAGGAUUUGGAGUCCUGGGUGUCUGGAGAGCAUGGGUUUGUGGUGUUCACUUUGGGCACCAUGGUGUCAGAUAUGCCAGAAGAGACAACCUCUGUCUUCCUAGAGGCCUUCAGACAGAUUCCACAGAAGGUGAUAUGGAGAUACACUGGACAGGUUCCUGACAAUGUCCCAGAAAAUGUGAAGAUAAUGGAAUGGGUGCCUCAGAAUGACCUGCUAGCACACGAAGGAGCUCGGGCCUUUAUCACCCACGCUGGCUCACAUGGUCUCUUUGAGGGACUGUGCCACGGUGUUCCCAUGGUGAUGGUGCCAAUAUCAGGGGACCAGCCUGACAACGCAGAGAGGCUGGCAAGCAGGGGGGCGGGAGUCGUCCUGAGUCUUUUUUCUAUCACUACAGAAAGCCUCCUUCAGGGACUGAAUGAGGUCAUGAAUAACAGCAGGUAUAGAGAAAAUGUGCAGAAGCUGUCAGCGCUCCAUAGGGACCGUCCAGCUGAGCCACUCGACCUUUCCGUGUACUGGACAGAAUAUGUGAUGCGCCAUAAAGGGGCUAAACAUCUUAAAUCUGCUGUGCAUGACCUCAACUGGAUCCAGUACUACUGCCUGGAUGUAAUAGCGCUACUAGCUUCCGUAGUCCUGGGUUUUGUCAUACUGACAGUAAAAUGCAUCCAACUAUGCUUCCGGAAACUAGGCAGGAAGAGGAAACAGGACUAGGACGGUGCUACAUUUGCACCUUCAUCUCAGCAGCAAUGUUUGUUAAGGGGAAUUAUAAACUUGUCUUUCAAACACUAACACCAAGGCAUUCAAAUUGUUCAGGGUUUAAAGAUGUGUGGGGGGGGUGUAAGAAGAAUAAAUGGAGCCAUUUGGUGAUCAAAAAGAUAUUUAAUAAACAGAAAAUACAUAAGA